AUAUAAAUAAUUAUUGUUUGCCAAAAUUAUUCAAUUCUUCCAUUUAAUUGAAAAUUAAUCAAACUGCAUGUGUUAAAUACGAGAUAUGGCCAAACAUCAAUCGAUAUCCGAAAUUAAAAAUGAAAAUGAUGUUAAAAAGAUGAAUAAUAUUGGUUUUGAAGAUGAUUCAUCCAUUUCAGAUAUGACUGCCGUUACAAAUGAUUUUCGAUCGUCAUUGCCAUCAUCGAUCAAUGAAUGUGUCGAGGAUAAUGUACAGAAUUUUCCUAUAAUUAAUAAUGAUGAUGAUGAAAAGUCCCUCGAUUUUAAAGAAGAAUUUAAAGUUUACAGGAUAAGACAUUUUCUUUUAUUAAUAUUUAUUACAUUAUCAAUGACCAAUGCUUUUCAUUGGAUCGAAUAUGCUAUAAUUGAAAAAAUUGUUUGUGAUUAUUAUCGGAUAUCGACUUUCUGGGUAAAUUGUACUUCAGUGAUCUUUAUGAUCAUUUAUAUUAUUGGCAUAACACCCGCAACAUUCAUGCAGGACCGUUAUGGUCUUCGUGUUUGUUUAAUAUUUGGAUCAUUUAUUAAUGCUCUUGGAUCGUGCAUAAAAUGCCUGUCCGUAUCACGAUCAAGAUUUUGGGUCGCAAUGAUAGGUCAAACUUUAGUGGGUAUUGCUCAAUUAUUCACAUUAAAUAUACCACCAAUGCUUGCAGCUCAAUGGUUUCCAUCAAAUGAAGUUACCAGAGCUACGGCUUUUGGAGUUUUUGGUAAUCAAGUUGGCAUUGCACUUGGUUUUCUUAUACCACCAUUAUUGAUGCCCGAAUUGAAUUCUACAUCCAACGAAGAAAAUCUUUCAUCCGAACUAAUUAAUCAUAUUGAACAUGGAUUUCAUUAUCUUGUAUGGGGUUUAUCCAUCAUAACCACAGUGAUAUUUUUGUUAAUAUUGAUCUUUUUCAAAAAUCGCCCUGAACAACCACCAAGCAAAGCUCAAGCAUUAAUUCGUUUUAUGGAACAUUCUGAUUCGAAACAAUCAUAUUUCGAAUCAAUCAAACAAUUGAUUAAAAAUCGAAAUUUCGUUCUCCUAUUCAUCAACUAUGGAUUAAUCACCGGAGUAUUUUAUGCCCUAUCAACUGUUCUUAGUCAAAUGAUCACACGAACAAUGGGUCCAGAGUAUUUGGUCGAAGCUGGUUAUAUGGGGCUGACUAUUACUUUAUCGGGUAUUACCGGUUCAGUGGUUUGUGGUUAUUUAUUGGGAUGGUCUGGAAAAUUCCGGCUAGUCAACCUGUUGAUUUAUAUUUUUUCGUUUGCCGGUACAGCGGCAUUUGGUGUGGCCAUCGAAAUUCGUCAUAUAAAUCUAUUGUUUAUUACUUGUGCCAUAUUAGGAUUCUUUAUGACCGGUUAUCUACCUAUUGGAUUUGAAUUUGCUGCCGAAGUCAGUUACCCACAACCAGAAAGUACUUCGGCUGGUCUAUUAAAUGCUUCAGCUCAGAUAUUUGGUAUCAUUUUCACUUAUGCAUCGACACCUAUCAUCGAUCAUUUCAAUUCAGUCUGGGCAAACAUCGGCUAUUCGAUUGUAUUGGUUAUUGGUGUUAUAUUAUCAUUUUUCAUUAAGAAUGAUCUCCGUCGACAAAAUGCUCAUAUGCAUUCAGUUUGAUAAAAACUUGUGAUGAUUUUGCACUAACUCAAAUUUUAAAAAAUUAUCAUUUUUUUCAGCUUCUAUCAUAGUUUGUUGAUUUAUGCAAUUUUUUUUCUACAAAAUUGUUUUUGUUU